AUGGCCGCCGCCGCUGUUCAAGUUCCCAGACAGCCAGACAUUUCAUAUGCCCCCGACUACGAUAAUUAUCUCAGCCGUGUUAAACGUCGUCAGGAGAAUGAAAAGCUAGAAAAGACCCUCCCGGAAGGUUUCCCUACCAAGCUUGAAUCCGAUCUAGUCUGGGAUGGAAGGAAUUUGGCCGAGUCAUAUGAUUGGAACUACAUCUUGACUGAGAGUGACAUUGCCGAGAUCGACGAGGCUCUUCGCCACUUCAAAUCAUUGAAUCUGGGCCUGGGCUACAUCACCCAAGAGACAUUUCCACUACCAAAGUUGCAUGCUACCCUACGAGAGAUCUCCAAAGAGGUUCAUCUGGGUCACGGCUUCAAGGUUGUCAAGGGUGUGCCUGUUGAUAACUACAGUCGUGAAGACAAUGUCGCAAUCUAUGCUGGUAUUGCCUCUCACAUUGCACCUAUCCGAGGCCGCCAAGAUUACCAAUGGGAUGGAAAGCCAGCCGACGUGGUCCUUGCACAUAUCAAAGAUCUCAGCCAGGAGAUUGAUCCCCACAAGAUAGGCGCGCCGGCCUACACGACCGACAAACAGGUUUUCCACACAGAUUCUGGAGACGUAAUUGCUCUCUUUGCUUUGGGAGAGCCGGAAGAAGGUGGCCAGAGCUUCUUGUCCAGCAGCUGGCAUGUAUACAACGAGCUCGCGGCCAACCGCCCCGAUCUUAUUCGCACCUUAUCUGAGCCUUGGGCAGUCGAUGAAUUUGGAAAGCGUGGCAGGACACAUACGCUGAGACCUCUUCUAUAUUUCCAGCCAGCCACAGAGGAUGCCCCUCAACGUAUGAUCAUUCAAUACGCACGACGAACCUUCACCGGAUAUUGGGGGCUUCCUCGAUCAACUGAGAUUCCCCCGAUUACUGAGGCCCAAGCCGAGGCACUGGAUGCAUUGCACUUCACAGCCGAAAAAUACCGCGCUGCGCUUGACUUCCACAAGGGUGACAUUCAGUUUGCCAACAACUUGAGCAUCUUCCAUGCUCGUGAGAAAUUCCGAGACUCGGCGGAGAAAAAACGCCAUCUCAUUCGUCUUUGGCUACGCGACCCCGAGCUAGCAUGGAAGACACCCGAGCCGCUGAAUGAGAACUGGGACAGGGUUUACAAAGAUGUUAAGCCUGAGAAUACUGUUUUCCCUUUAGAACCAAGAGUCCGCAGCGCCAGUGAUGGGACUGCUAAAAAGUAUGAGUAG